GCUUUUCCUUUAAGCAUUACAAAUAGCCUAACUAUAUUGCACGCGUAUUAGCUGGGUGGUGUUCGAGCCCCCAUAUACGUUUUACGAGUCCUUGUGUAGGGUUCAUAUAGGUGGAGGAGAGAGCCCUUAGAGGAUGCUCAAUGCAACUACCACUUUUGUUGGAGAGCAUCCAUUCCUGGCUCCCACCACAAGGAGUCGACGAGCCGCGGCCGAGGGGGAGGCUUUUAUAUCGAUCUCGCCUAUCCCUCACUGUAUGUGUAGCUUGCCCUCGACACUCGGGGAAACUGAACUAGGUGUUUUAGACGAACUGACGGUUUCCCAGGACGCUAGGGAGCGAGCUUCUCACACGAACUUCCUACCAGGGAUACCACAGUGCCAUACCACAGCUUCCUACUAUCACUAUUACCUGCAGCAUUACCGUGAUGCGUUCUUUCCGCCCACCGGUAGCAGGGUGGUAGGAAAAGGGCCGUGCUGUAACGCGACCGCGGGGACUAUACUCGAUCAGAGUGAGAUGAAGUACGCAAAGAGACGCAACAUCGGAUCGACUAACGCCUCGGUCCAAGGCCUUUCGAAGAGUUUUGAUAAUCGGCAAUGCUCCAAUUCGUUUCAAGAUUACACCUUCAACAAAGGAACCAAGAGCGCGCAUUUGACUUCUGAAGCACUCCCAUCCUUUAGAAUGACCUCAACUGAGUUCGGGGGCUUCCAUCACAACUCCGAAGAGGUGGAUGACGCCGCAUACAUAGGGACCUCCCGUCGCUUGGACUUCUCUCAUGCGGAUUCACCCUUACCCGAUCUUCGUGAGGGGGUGGCAUGGCAGAGCAACCGUGGUGGUCCUUUGCUUUCUGACCAUCCUCAGACGGCACCCCCAACGUAUUUCUUUCGCACGAACGAUCGCGGCACUGGUGUCGAGCUCCUACCCAAGUUGACUCCGCCAAUACCAUCAGGGAUUAAGCGUUUGGUUGAUUUUCCUUCCUAUUUAAAGCCGAGAGGGCCUCAAGCAACACAUUGCUUGAGUAAGCACGAGAGAGCUCUUACCGACGGGUCACAAAAUGGUGGAUCUAUUGUCGAAGGUAGUAAAAGCAGUGCUCCCUAAGUCUGGACGAUGCGUCAACUGUCCAUUUGUAAAAUGUAUACAUAUACAUUUGCACCGCCAUAGAUUUACAGUUAAGAAGUAAAUAUCUUAUAGAAGUUACUUAAAAGUGAUGAUUAACCAAUAGAUUCUUUUUGUGUAUGUGUGUCUCUUCUUUUCUAUUGUUUA